GGUCGGGAGAGGGUAAGCGUUGUCUUUCUUUGUCCAUUUAAUUGUGAGAAUGGAAUUGGAUAAAUGUGUGUUGGUUGUGCUGUUGCUGCUGGGCUUGCUGAGUCCAGCGGCAGCUCGGACGAUAUUUCUUGAAGAAGACGUUGUCACGUUUGAAGAGGUAAGCUUUUUAAAAAAAUAUGGUUACCUAUCUGAACAAGGGUUUGGCUCCCCCACUUACACGGCACAAUCUAUUGCUGAAGCCGUACGAAGUAUGCAGACCUUUGCUGGCCUUCCGCCAACUGGACAGCUAGAUUCAGAAACCAGAAAGCUAUUUAAAAGAAAACGUUGUGGUGUGAAAGAUAUCGAAACGAAAUCAAACAAAAUCAAAAGAUAUAUCCUGCAACAAGGAUGGGGGAGAAAGGCUAUCACAUACAGGGUUAUCAAUGGCUCGAGUACAUUAGAGAAGUCCCGCGUAGAGGCUUUAAUGGCCAACGCGUUGGCCGUAUGGGCGCCACAUGGAAACCUACGCUUUAAAUCCCUAAGCUCCGCAGCCGACAUACAAGUGUCCUUCGCCAGCAAGGAUCAUGGAGAUGGGUUUCCUUUUGACGGGCCAGGUCAUGUGGUGGCCCACGCGUUCCCACCUCCCCAUGGCGCGAUGCAUUUUGACGAUGAUGAGCAAUGGGGUGAUAACGCCAACGAGGAGGACGAAGACGUCACCGACUUCUUUGCGGUGGCCGUUCAUGAGGUCGGCCACGCUCUGGGGCUGUCGCAUUCGAAUGUUAAAUCCUCAGUGAUGUAUCCAUAUUACCAAGUGCCCGUCGAAAAGCUACAUGAAGAUGACAUUUUGGGGAUGCAGGAACUAUAUCUGAAGGAGCAGCCGUCGUCGGCGGAGAUCGCAGCCAGUUUCACAAUAGCUCCACGGUCCACAGUGGCUGACAGCGAUGAAAACCUCCUGCCAGACCUGUGCUACGCCAACUACGAUACUCUACAGGUCAUCCAGAACAAGCUGUACGUGUUCGAGGAGGAGUGGGUAUGGGUUUUAUCCGAAAGAAAGAUCAUAGAGGAAGGCUAUCCGAAGCGGUUCCACGAUGUGUUUGUGGGAUUGCCGAGGCAUUUUAAAGUUAUACGCACCAUAUAUGAAAACAGGAACGGCCAUAUUGUUAUAUUUUCAGGUCGCAGUUACUUUGCAUUCAGUUCGCGUUUCCACCUCAUCAAACGCGGGAGAAUCACAGAUUUUAAGAUACCCUCCCGAGUAGCCGAACUGACCACCGUGUUUUUGUCAAAUUACAACAAUAAGACGUACCUCAUAGACGACGAGAGAUACUGGCGUUACGACGAAGACACGGAAACGAUGGACAAAGGAUAUCCGAAGCAAAUGUCAGCGUGGAGGGAUGUCCCGUAUCCCGUGGACGCAGCACUGAUCUGGAAAGGAGACACGUUCUUCUUCCGAGGGCCUCGUUUCUGGCGUUUCGAUAACAAGUCUGUGAAGGCGCAUCCCUACUACCCGCUGCCCACCGCCGUCGUGUGGUUCCCUUGCGAACCUACACCAGAUAUAGCUAUAUAUCUCACCAACUCCGAGCCUUGACCUUGCCUGAUAUAAUCAUGCUACACACGUAUUACUCUCCUUCUCAUUAACAAUAAAACUCUAAUGAACCCUGAUAUAUUGGCCGUGUUCGAUGGACAUUGGUCGUAUCUUAUUCUUAAAAAAAAAUUGCAGUACAGCCAAGAGCUGGACGUAAAUUUUUUUGUAUCAACCCGUGUUAUUAUACUGCUAGCACUGAAUAUAGGCUUUGUCUUUAGUAAGCAAUACCUUCAUUACUCAUUUAACCAACAAACGAUAAUACUCAUGUCUAGUUAUGUUCGCUACGUACUUUGUAUAAACAUAUUUAGCUUAAAAGA